CGUUCGCGAAUUCGUUCGCGCACUGCGUUGGAGAACCAUGGCGGUGAAACAAAUGACAUGGUUGGGCAUCUAAAUUACACAGAGCAGAAGAACCGGCGCCCGUGGACAGUGAGAUAUCCGUGGAGAUGAGCGGGGGAUUCGAUACAAUGUAUCAGAGUGACUCCGAAGGGGUCGUGCCAUUGUCCGAUUGAGGAUACAGUACCACGGACCUAAAAUACAGAUUUAACGUAGAACACUUUGAAAGUCAUUGAAAAUGAUCAAAGCAGAGAGCAAGGGCGAACGCACCCUGCGGAGCGCGUCCCCGCACAGAAAUGCGUACAAGUCGGACUUCCACGCCAUUAAGUGCUCUUUUGAUGGGACCAAAUCCGACAGCGAGGCCAAAUCUUAUGCUAAUGGAGCCAGCGACCCCCGGGAGGACACCAGAGGGAGGCCGUUUGGCAACCGGGUGAACAAAAUAAAGAACAUUUUCCUACAGAUGGACGGCCAGCAACCGCCGGAGAGCCAGGAACCAGCUCACAAUACAGAUGCACCUUCUCCUGUAUCCCCGGUGUCCAAGUUCCCAGUCAGCGCUCACAAAACCUGCAUCAGUAGCGCCAACAACCAAGAACCCCAAAGCGCGGACAGAACUCUAAAGGGAGAGGAAGUCGAGAUCGAUAAAGUCACCCUGGCGGAAAAAUUUUCAGUUACCAGGAAACUCUUUGAGAGAGGCGUGGUGGAGGAGCAGCGUGGCGGAGGGGAGAGGAGUUUUGUUUGUUGGGGCCGGAGGUGUUUUUUGUCUUUUGUGAAUUUCAGCAAUAGUGUCAUCAAAAGCCCGACGUCACCCAGUGCCCCAGAGGAUUUUGAGGACUCAAAACAGGUCAAUAGACUAUCACUUAACGCCGGGCCUCUUUCAAGGCGGCUGGAGAAUUUCAUUGUGGAUGGCGACAAAGACGAGUCAGUGCAAGCUUCUGCUAAAAGUCCUGAGAAACUGAGCAGCCCCACCGAGCGCUCGCUGCCAUCACCUCUACGAGGGAGUUCCCAGAAACCCACCUCCCCUGGUACCGAUCCAGCUCACAAACCCACAUCCCCAAACUCUGACACGUCAUCCAAACCUUUCUCACCUGAAACAGAUUCUCACAGCCCUCCAUUCAAGUCCAUCAGUCCGAUUUCAUAUAAACCGACCUCUCCCACCAGCAGGAGCACCGGCGAGCCUCUUUCACCCUCUGCUCAAAGCCCGUUUAAACAUCCUCCGUCAUCAGGAAAUGUCUCGGUGAAAGAACCCAUGACAAAUGAACCAACCCAACUUAGUAGUACUCCUGCGAGAGAACUCAAAUCUUCAGCAGGUAGCCCAUAUAAACGGCCUCUGAGUCCCAAGGAGCCAAAAAGUGAAAACCACAUAAUCCGCAGUCCAUCUAGGGACAUCUCUCGUGAGCAGGCCCCACAAUGUCUGGACCCCGCUGGUGCAGGAGUGGUACGGGCCGAGCUGGUAGUGGUCCAGAACGAGUCUUCAGAAAGCGAGGAGAGUGAUGAAGAGUUUUUGGAGGAUGUUAUGACAGAGGUGAAGCUACAAAGGGAACUUAAAUCUGAGGCACAGAUAGAAGAUGUUGCUGACUCUCUGAAGGUGCUAUCACCUCAAAACCAUUCAGAGGACAAACAGCUGGAGAAGGAUGGGUACUUAUCAGCAGAGCUGGAGAAAGAGAAACCAAAUCAAGAGGAUGAAGAAGAGGAGGAGGAGGAGAUCAUACAAAAGAGGAAUAGCUGUCACGAAGAUGAUGAUGAGGAGAGCGAGCCGGAAGGUCCAGAUGAAUGCGGGAAAACUUCUCCAGUGUUUUAUAGUUUUGAGAACGCAGCGUUUGUGGAUGAUAAGGAACUGGUCCAGGACCAGCAGGUUGAUGAGGAUGAGGAUGAGGAUGAAACUGAGGUGUAUGAGGAGUAUGAUGAAGUUCCUGGUUUGUCUGAGGAUGAAGAACGACCUCCAAGAAGGAAAAUCAGAUUCUCCACUGAGGCGAUACGGGUGUACAGCACGUUCUCUAAUGAAGAGUACGACCGGAGGAACGAUGAUGUGGAUCCUGUGGCGGCGUCUGCCGAGUACGAGCUGGAGAAACGGGUGGAGAAGAUGGACGUGUUUCCCGUGGAGAUCGAGAAAGGUGAUAAAGGGCUGGGGAUCAGUAUUAUAGGGAUGGGUGUUGGGGCAGACCAGGGUCUGGAGAAACUGGGCAUCUUCGUCAAGACUAUCAUGCAGGACGGAGCUGCAGCGAGAGAUGGGAGGAUCCAGGUGAAUGAUCAGAUCGUGGAGGUGGAUAGCAUCAGUCUGGUUGGUGUGACACAACUCUUUGCUGCGACCGUCCUCAAGAACACGAAGGGAACUGUCAGGUUUCUGAUUGGCCGAGAGAAGCCAGGUACUCAGAGUGAGGUGGCCCGACUGAUCAGUGAGACCCUGGAGCAGGAACGGCAGCAGCAGGUGGACGACACAUACGAGCAGUCCACUGAAGAGGACGAGCACUACGAGGAUGAGGAGGAAGGUGGGGAAGAUGGCAUCCUCGAUUCGAGUUUCGGCAGGAGGAAUGUGGAAGUGUUCGAUCUGCCCGAGAGUGAGGAAAUGUUCCUGCCGUCAAACAUGGACGCCGCUCAACUGACGUUCAGAUUUAAAGAGCUCCAGAUAAAACACACUAUUGCAGAAGCCGAAGUAGAUGAACUGAAAGAGAGAUUGAGAGAGUCGUGCGAGGAGCGUGUGGCGUGGGAGGAGAGGGAAGCUCAGUUAGAGAGGAGCGUUCAGGAGAACUCGGAGAGGAUCGCUCAGAUGGAGAAGAACUGGCUGGAGGCUCAGGCUCUCUGUAAGAGCAUCAACGAACAGCUCAGUGACACGCAGAGCCGAUAUGAAGCUCUGGAUAUAAAAUACAGCAAAGCCAAGAAACUGCUCAAGGACUAUCAGCAGAAAGAGGCAGAGUAUGAGCAGAGGGAGGAGGACUUAAGGAGAACUCUGGAAGAGAGAGAGGCUAAAUAUAAAAUUCAGAUAGAGGAUCUGCAGCGCAGGCUGGCCAAGCUUGAAUCUGGUCAUCGUGAGUCUACACUGUCAGGCAGUAAGUCUGCAGAUUCAAUUCUGCUGGGAGCGGACUGGAGUGAGGUGGUUCCUGAGACGGAGCGUUUGGACACCAGCGCCCAUCGUGCAAAGGCCCAGCUGGCCCAGAGGUCCAAACGGCAGCCGCCGUCCCGCAGUAAACUCAAAGAGACGCUCAGCUCGCCAGCAAGAAGCCCACAGGGUGAUGCUGAGAGUCAGUCUGUGAGUCCCGAGUCUCCACCGCCUCGUAGGAGAUCGUUCCAGGAGAGUGUGUCCCUGCCGGUCACCAUAUCUUCCCCUGCUAACCACCCGAAGGAUGAAGGUUCUAUUACGAGCAGCAGCCAAUCAGUGCAGAGGGAUCCUCAAGACCCCGCCCUCUCCUCCCCUAAAGACUCCUCCCCCUCCGGCUUCCUACGGAAUGUAAAGAAGAGAGAGUCCAAAGGCAAGGGCAAAGAGGUCAAAGAAGAGUCUAAUGAUGCGGCUGGAAAAGCCAAAAGAAGAUUCCCCGAUUUUGGUGGUUUAAGGAAAUCAGGAGGAAAAGGGAAGAAACUAAGCAAAGACGCUACGAGGGCAUCACUGGACAGCAGGGGUUCAGCGGAGUUACUGGAGGAGUCAGGGGCCCGAGUCUCCCCUUCAGAGUCCAUGACCUCCGUCCCCACCUGCAUGCCCUUCUCCUGGUUUGGAGAGAAAGACAAAGAGCGCGACAGAGAUCCGUCGUCCUCGUCCAGCAGUCUCCCACACACCACUGCAGACGCCAGCGAACACAGCCACAGCUCCAAAAACAAGACAAACCUCUCCUGGUCUUCUCUGUUCAGUCGCUCCUUAGAUUUGAGUUUGUCAGUGCUAGAUGAUUCAAACCCCAGCAGUCCUGCUACCGAUUUAUCUGGGCUGGUGGUGGAGCCCAACCUGUUGGGCCGCUCUCAUACAUUAACCUUCUCCUCCAGCGAGAUGCUGGAUGAGGAGCCUUGUUCUGGAGGGAAGGAGUAUCACUGGCAGAACCGUCCCGUCUCUGAUUGGACGUCCCAGCAGGUGUGUCAUUGGCUGAUGGGUAUGAACAUGGAUCAGUACACACCUGAGUUUAGCACACAGGCCAUCGAUGGACAGCAGCUCCUCAACCUGGACAGUGACAGACUCAAGGCUCUGGGUGUUUCCAGUCAGAAUGACCGAGUCACAAUCAAGAAGAAGAUGAUGGAGGUGAUGAAGGAAGAAGAGGAGAUGGUGGAGAAAGAGGGGGAAGAGUGUGAGAGAGGGGAGAGGCGCAGCGGACGGCUGCCAGCCAGCACUGACUCUGUGUGCUGAUGAUGCUUUUCACCUUAUUUCUCCACACACUCCACCUCUCCGACACGUAUGAGCCAUUCUACCAAUGAAUUUAGUCAGUAACUGGUUAAUAACAGUCAGGCGGUCAUCCUGAAACACUAAUGAAGCUGCUUACAAGACCACAUUUUAACUCUCUUCAGUUCAGCACAAAUAUGAGCAGAAUGUACGUUCAUCUACAGGGAGUGAAUUUGAUAAGAAAAGUGUUUACAGACUGCACCCACCUUUGGGUUUUUUAAAUCACUAUUUUGUCAUUCUUUCAGUAAAAUAUCUCAACAUCCCUAAAACAAGAUAAAUGUACUUGCAUCAGAAGAGAUAAAUGACACAUUCAGAUCGAUACGGACAGAUCAGAGAAUGUAAAAAGAUUUGGUUAAAUGUUGUUGCUGUUGUUUUUGCCGCAAGCUUAAAUUCCCAGUGAACAAACUGCGUUUAAUUCAAGAUACAGCUUCAGAAACAAAUCUGUAUCUUUGCUUCUCAAGUAAUUGUGUCUUAAGGACAUUUUUACUGGAAAACAAGACAAAAUACUAAUUUAGAAAAUGAUUUUUCCAGUGUUCGGAGUAAUAAGUGAGAGUUUUUUUAUUUUUUUUAUUUUAGACUAGCUUGAUAGUGGCUGUCCAAUUUAUAGCAGACCAAAACUUUUAUUAGUUUUAAUUGUAUUUUAUGAUACCACUGUAGGGGCUAUUAAAUAAAACAAACUUGCCAAGGGAUAUAUAAAUAUUUAGAUGGCUAUUUUACAACUUAUAACAACAGCGAAUAGUGCUUUUAAAAAGAUUUCUUCUUGUAUUUUCGGAGUACUUCUGGCCUGUGGUGCGAAACGGGUCAUUCUGCUGGAUCCUUGUACAGUCGAGUGAUAUUAACUGAGCACUAUAUUUUUACUGAAACAAAGGGGAACAUGGUUUAUAAAUGUACAAAUGAGAUAUUUUAUACACAACUAUUAGCAUAGCUUUAAGGAGGAGACAUUAACGUUUGUACACAUUUUCUACUAAGUAGAAUAGCUUGUUGGUCAAAACCAUUUUGCUAAUUCUGAAGAGCAGAGUGAAACUCAAAGUGAAAGGUGUUUGUACAUCUCGUUAGUUGUUUUUAUUUGGACGGUUACUGCUUUUAUAUUCUGGAUAUGGUUACAAAAAAUACACAGUUGUUACAAAAUGUAGCGUAGUUUUAUUUGUGGCCAUGGCCCAGAUUGUAUCAGAGGGUGUAAUGAAUUUAAGUCUUGAUUAUCUUCUGAUUGUAAGCGUCGUUUUUUUUAAAGAGACGCCACCUGUGCUCAUGUCAUCCUGAUUCUGUGUCCUGUGCUUAUAUUUUUCUAUCUUGUGAAAUAGAUGAUUUUGAACAGACAAAAAUCAAGCUUUCUAUCUGGUACAAAUAAAUGCUUUCACCUCUUGUAAAAGAAAAAAAACGGUGUGUUUUCAUUCCAAAAUGCAGCUCCCUUCACAGCAGAACUCAUUUCAAAUGGUAAAACUGGAGAAAGUCUGUUUAGUCACCUAUUAAAAAGCAGAAGAUUCAGAUCUGUGCUUUUGAAGCACUGCUUGGUGAAGCUUCGAAACCUUUGCGAAUCAUUUGAUUCAAGCCUUUCGAAAGAGUGAAUCAUUUUGCGAAUUUGAUUCAAAGUUUCGAAAAUGUUCUUUUCUCCCGUCACUACUGUACACUAAUGUUUAAAUAUCACUGCACUGGAAAACAUGGUCCAACCCCCCC